AUGACCUCCGCCGACUUCUCUGCCGCCAACACGACUCUCGCCAUGACUUCCUCCAACACCACUACACUCGCUCCAGAAGACUCGAGACUUAUGACCCUCCCACAAGAGCUCCAAGACAUGAUAUACGAAGAUGCCAUGGCGACGGAAGUGCACAUCGCCGAUGACUGGCGUAUGCCGGGACUGCUUCGAGCUCUUCGGACGGGACCCAACACGCCCAUCUUCGAGCGUGCACUCAAGACUUUCUACGAAGUCGCGACCUUUGAUAUCCUCGACACGAAGCUCAUCGGAUGGCUGCAAGAGCGCAAGGAGUACUCCAAACUCAUCUCCGACAUUCACGUGCAUCGAGUUGGAGAGGCCGACGAUGUGAACCUUGUAAAGUUCAAGUAUAAUGUUGUUGAAGCCACACUCAUCAUGCUCACAUUAUCAGCCCCCAUCAACGUAAUGAGGGUCAUGAUCAACUUCGAGAUCGCGAGGAAAGCUCAAAAGCAUUUGCUGACAGUGGGCUUGGAGAUUGCUACUUCUGGUCUUGUACUUUCAGAGGAUGCCUUGAAAGGCGUCCUAUUCUCAAAAGAAGGCGACAGUGCGUGGAGCUCGGACCUCUUUGAGGGCUUGUGCAGUAUGCCUGCUUGCGCAUCCUUUAUGCAGAGGUUUGUUGUGGAUUCGGACAGACUGAAGGCUCUCAUGAACGGAGCGCAGAUCGACGAAGAUGAGACCAAUGGAGAUGGUGAUGAUGAGGGUGACGGAGCCGAUUCGAAGAAGGAUGAGACCGAGUUGGUUGAGCAUGGUGGGGAUGAUGAAGUGGAGCACCAUGGAGUUGAGAACGAAGAGGACGGGGAAAAGGUCGAGAGCGAAGAGGAGGACCAGAGCGAAGAACAGGUCGACAUGGAAGAUUAUGGAUCUGGAGACGGGGAGGACAAGACCAAGCGCAAGAAUGAAGGAGAGGUCAAGGUCGGGGUCGAAGGGCACGCUGGAGAGGAUGAAUAG